CCCUGGCCCCGCUUGAUCUGGAUCAAACCGAGGCAGCAGCCCCUCGCCCGAGCCUCUCCUCCGUUCCCGUCACUGCCGGCGAUGAGCCGCAGCUCGCCGGGGCACCCAAAUGCCAUCAGCAACGAAGCCAGCAGGACCCGUCUCCUUCCCCCGUGUUUCUCCUUCCUCCUGUUUCUCUCUCCCUCUUCCCUCGCCUCACGUCUCUCCCUGUUGGUUGUCUAGGGAACAGCCAUGGUCGCCCGAUGGAGCUCCGGGUCAAGCCAUGUCGCCGCCGCCGUCCUGGAACUUCUUCGCCGCUGGUGCCCGUCUUCAGCGCCCCAAAUCUAGCCGGCGUCUGCUCCUGCAUCGAGCAGGGGAGCGAGGAGGAGGAACCCCCAGCUCCCAUCACCGUCUUUUUCUGUUCGUCGUUGUCUUCGUCCGAUCGGACGAGGUCCUGUGUCUCCGGCAUCGUCCCCGCAUCCAGGUCGCCGCCUCCGCCCGCCGCCAUCUUCUUCUCGGAGCGCAUCCGCCUUACGUCGCCUCGUCCGCACCAAGCCUCGACGACCCCUCCUGGACCGAGCCUCUGCUGGCCACCUCCGCCUCGAGCUGCCGGAGAUCACGUCCGCCGCUUCAAGUCCCCUCUGCGUCCCGCGCCGCCGCGGCUCUGUUUCCAGUCGAGCAGAGGACGCCCGCUCGUCUUGCCCGUUGACCGUGUGCCGCCCGCGUUGGCCUAUCCAGCCACUGGCCCAGCUCCAGCCACUCCCGCACCGCAUCGGGCCCAGAUCUGCCAGCUCCCUGGAGCCCAAUUUCCGGUAAUGUUGCGAUUGUGAGGAUUCGUUCGACUGCUCCA